AUGUCUUCUUCCUUUUCUGAAGAGUGCACACCUGCAAAGCAAAAAUAUGAUACUUGUUUCAACGAUUGGUAUGUAAACAAGUUUUUGAAAGGAGAUAUCCACAAUAGAGAGUGUGAUGACUUGUUUUAUGAUUAUAAGCAAUGUUUAUUGAAAGCUCUGAAAGUGAAAAAGGUUGAGCCCUUGUUGGAAGCUGCAAGGAAAGAGGAAUAA